GCACAACUUCUACGCUGGGUGACUAUUAACAAGCUGGAACGACAGCGGCGGCGGCGGCAGCAGCAGCAGCAGCAGCAGCAGGCGCAUAAGGAGACGGCUGUGCUACUCCCCCCAAGCCUAGGUCCCGACUUUGUUUGAUGUUCUUUUGCUGCCUUUGGGGCUUAGCAUGGCUCCCUUUGGAAGGAAUCUCUUGAAGACCCGCCACAAAAACAGAUCACCUGUGAAAGAAAUGGAUUCUUGUGAACGAGAAAUCAUAGUCUGGGUUUGCCAGGAAGAGAAGAUUGUCAGUGGGCUGACUAAACGCACAACUUGCAUGCAAGUAGUUGAAGCUUUGCUGGAAGAACAUCAGGCCACCUUUGCUGAGAAGAGAUUUCUCUUUGGGCAACCUAAAGAUUAUUGCAUUAUAGAAAAAUGGAGAGGUUCUGAGCGGGUCCUUCCACCUCUCACAAAAAUGCUCAGACUCUGGAAAGCCUGGGGGGAAGAGCAACCUAAUUUGCACUUUGUCUUGGUCAAGGCAGAUGCUUUUCCCCCCUUGCCUUUGUGGAGGACAUCUGAAGCCAAGGUAGUCCCAAACCUAGAAACACACUGGGAUAUCAGUCCAGCAAAUUAUAUGAAGAUGUUGCCAGUGGACAAGCAAAAGAGAAUUCUUAGAAAAACCUUCCGGAAACUGGCCAAACUUAAACAGGACGGAGUUCUGCAGGAGAGGGACAAUAUAGAAACAUUAAUUCAUCUCAUCCUUUCUCAAGACCAUACUAUUCACCAACAAAUCAAUAGAAUGAAGGAAUUAGAUGUGGAAAUUGAAGAGUGUGAAGCCAAAUUCCAUCUAGAUCGGCUUGAAAGCGAUGGGGAAAACUAUGUUCAAGAGUCUUAUUUAACGCCUUCUUUUAGCAAUUCUGAACAGCAAAUGGAAAUGCCUCACAACAAUCAGCAGGAAAGUUCAAGCAAAUGUGAUGGGAUUUUACAAGUGGAAGAAGGACUAAAGCACCACAAGUUAAUGAUUGAAAAGCUCUCUGCUGAAAUUGAACAAGAAGUUAAGGAAACUGAAAAAAAUGGAGACGUAUGGACAGAAGAUGCUUCUAAAAGUGAAGUGGAGAAUUCGGAUGUAGAAAGUGUUAAGAAUGAGCUGGAGAGAAGUAUGAAAGAUGCCCUAAGGAUUCACUCUCAGUUGAACUGCAUCCAGCAGGAACUAAAAUAUAGGGACUUGAUGCUUCAAAAGAAGGAGAAAGAAUAUGAACUACUUGUAGAAGAGCUUAGUGGUUUGCAUGCUAAAGACAAAAAUGAAUCCAGGUGCCCAACCAGCGAAGAGAAAACAGAGGACAACGAAACUGGUACAAACAACUUUCCAGGAACAGAUCAUCUUCACAAAAUGACUAACUUAGACAUAAAUGAUACAGACUCUGACACUGGAAUCAGUUCUGCUCACAGCCAAGACUCAGAGACAGCUAUAGGAGAUACGUUGCUGUUGUCCACAUAAUUGACAACCUUUAUUUUAACUGAGGCUAAUUUAAUAUUUGCACCCUAAAAAUCUCACAUAGAAAAUGUGGCAUUUUUUCUAUUAAAUCUAGUUCUAAUGGGAUAUGUUUCCCUGAUUUUUUUUUAAUAAAAAUCAGACAAAUCAGAAAUAGAGCUAAACCUUAGAAACAGAGAGGAGGAUACAGUAAAAUUAUAUUCCCUUUUUCAAAUAAUAUACCAAAUUCAACUGUAUUAUUGAUCAUGUAGAUACAGAGCAUCUUGGUGAAGAUGGGCUGAGGUCUAAGUCCACGUAGCAAUACAAGUUCUCCUUUGUAUGCAUUAUCUGUCCAUAGAAUUCCCUGGGGAAUAUUGGCUUUUGUUUUUAUAUACUGAUUCACUGCCAAUUCAGUGCAAUAUCAACAUGGAUACUUUGCCACACACAGUAUAAUCUUUGAAUGUCUUUCUCUGAUACUUGCAGAAAAUGCACUGUAUUAGAGGGAACAGUACAGCAGACGUCUUGUGCUGCAUUUUAUUAAAUCGCAAAACAAUGUUCAGAAGUUGCUAUUCCAGUCAAAGUUCUUGAGCUGCAUAUAAGCAAUGUUUUUGUCAAAUGUUCAAUAGAAUUGUUUACUACUGUUGCAUAUCUCUAAAUAAGAUGUAGAUUUUACAGAUCAGUUUUUUUUCUAAAUAUAAAAGUAAGAAAAAUAUAUUGAAGAUGGAUGAAGAAAAUAAAUUUCACAGUGCCAUAGGGCUAAAUAAGAAUCUAAUAAUUUAACUCUUUAACUAGCAUAUACUAGUUAAGCAAGAACAGGUUAGGUCAGUGCUUGAAUAUAUGUUGUAGAUGAGGCCUACCAGACCAAUAGUCCCAGAUUACAGCAUGUGAAUGCUAUUUAUCUUGGACCAAUGUAGUGAUACAGUGAGAAAGGCCAUCAAUAAGGCCACAAUCUAGAAUGGACAAUAGAAGCAUUAUUUGUAUGUUUAACUUUUUUUUUCUUUUACAUUCUGACUUGAUGUUUCACUUUUUGCAAACAUCAAUUAUCUACCUUGUUGUUAUUGUUUUUAAUGACUGGGAAAAUUCUCUUCUUUGGGUUCACCCAUCCCCCUGAAUCUACAGAUUAAUCUCUGGAUGUUAUGAAGAGAUUUUCCUUAAAUAUUUCUUUUUGCUGACUAAUUUUUUUUAAAAAGUGUGGCUGAAUCACUUGAUGUUAUACUGAAUGCCUUCAUGGGAACAUUUUUGAGCUCUAUUACCUAUUUGUUCCUAGUGGAAACAUAGAUGACUAGCAGUACUGUUAUCAUAGUUUUAUAAUAAUUUAUUAUAUAUAUAUAGACACACACACACUAUAAUUUUCAAGUCUCUGCUAUUGAAAAUAUGCUAACCUGUAUUAUUUGAAGAAUUGCUGCGGUUCAUGUAAUAUAUAAAAAGAUAAUUUUUCAUACCUUUGGCAAUGUAAAAAAAGAAGUUUGCUUGAUUCUUUUAAAUGCCAUUAGAUUGGGAAUCAGAAUUAAACUUACCAAAUUUAUUUUGCAAA